CCUCCUGCUGGUGAGAUCCCUGGGUCUGGUGCUGCCCUGCAUCCCACCACACUUUGUACCGGAGCCCUUUGGGAGUGACAUCUGGACUUAAAUCUGUGCCUCCCAGUGGGAAACACCUUGCGAUCAGAAGACCCCACAUUUGAGGGGACGGCGACAGCAGCAAGCAGCAAAAUGGAGUCCUUGUCCUACAGUGGGGAUUUGUCCAACAUCUUCUACCUUUACAACUACACCUAUGACUACAGCACAGCCAUGCCUGACACUGCUAUCUUAUCCUCUCCAUGCCGGCCUGAAAGCUCUGUCCUCAACAAGUACCUAGUGGUGGUGAUCUACUGCCUUGUCUUCAUCCUCAGUGUGGUGGGGAAUGGGCUGGUGGUGCUGGUGGUGACUUCCAGCCACACGAGCCGCUCUGUCACUGAUGUCUACCUGCUCAACCUGGCUGUGGCAGACCUGCUCUUCGCUUUGAGCCUGCCGCUUUGGGCAGCCUACCGAGCACACGAGUGGGUCUUUGGCACUGUGAUGUGCAAAGCAAUCUCCGUGUUGCAGGAAGCCAACUUCUACAGUGGCAUCCUUCUGCUGGCCUGCAUUAGUGUGGACCGCUACCUGGCCAUCGUCUAUGCCACACGGGCUGCUACUGAGAAGAGGCACUGGGUGAAAUUUGUCUGCUUGGGCAUCUGGGUCUUCUCUGUGCUGCUCUCCCUGCCUGUGCUGCUCUUCCGUGAGGCUUUCCGCUCACCCAACAAUGGCACCGUGUGCUAUGAGCGCAUCAGUGGUGAGGACACGGCCAAGUGGCGGGUAGUGCUGCGGAUCCUGCCGCAGACAUUUGGCUUUGUCUUGCCCCUCCUGGUGAUGUUCUUCUGCUAUGGCGUCACCAUCCACACCCUCCUGCAGACCAAGAAUGCUCAGAAGCAGCGGGCCAUGAAGGUGAUCUUUGCUGUGGUGCUGGUCUUCCUCAUCUGCUGGCUGCCCUACAACAUCACGCUGGUGAGCGACACCCUCAUGAGGACACGGGCUAUUGCCGAGACCUGUGAGAGGAGGAACCGCAUCGACACAGCCCUCUCUGUCACGCAGGUCCUGGGUUUUGCCCACAGCUGCAUCAACCCUAUCAUCUAUGCCUUCAUCGGUCAAAAGUUUCGCAACAGCUUCCUCAAGAUCCUAGCGCAGCGUGGGCUGAUCAGCAAGGAUGCCGUUGCCCGCUAUGGCCGCACCUCCUAUGCCUCCACCUCUGGCAAUACAUCCACCACCCUCUGAGCCCCUCUGGGACCCAGCCCUUGUGGCUACCAGCAGGUCCCAGCACCCCACACACCUCAGCAUCCUCAUCCAGCCCCCUGGAAUGUGUAUGGUGAUGCCGUGGGAAUGGGCAGGGCCAGCACUGGAUGCUGGACCCCAGCUGGAAGGGGGCUUGGGUGGCAAGGUGGUAGAAUCACAUUGCCAGGAGAGUGAUGUCAAGUGUCCACCCUCUCCUCUCUUUGGGACAAAACCUGUGACCCUGGGGAUUCUGUGACCCUGCUGUGGGGAUGGUGUUUUUACCUGAUGACCAUCCAGCAAUAAAGGAGUUGGUGGGUUGGUCA